GCAGGAAAUGACACCAAAAGCUGCGCCCGCCACUGCUCCAAAUAUGACCGUUGAGUUGGUUUCUCUCUCCCUCCCUCCGUCGCUCGCUCUCGAGUCCCAACGAUUUCUAAAGCCCUCUCGAUCUAAGGAUUUCUGGCCGUUGGAUCGGUGAUGAGGGGGCCAUAUGAUGGGAGAGGACAACGUACCCCAACCCCAGUCGUCUGUUUGUAUAAGAUGCCUGCCCAUUUUGAUGUGCUCCCCUACCUCCAGCCCUCGUCACCCGUCGCCCCUCCUCCCCCCGCCCCACUCUCUCUCUCUCCCCCUCCUUUUGAAAUCCUUGUCUAGGUCGGGAUCGAGAACAAAGAUGUGGAGUUACUGGGCUGCCGUCGCUCCACCGCCGCAUGCGUUCCGGAGAAAGAGGGUGAAAUCGAUGGCGCUUCGUCUCCUGUUCCUCUUUUUAUCUCUCUCUGCGAUCUACGCCGACGAAGGGGCGUACAUCGGCGUCAACGUCGGCACGGCGCUGUCGAACAUGCCGUCGCCGACGAUGGUGGCGGCGCUGUUGAAGUCGCAGCAGAUCCGCAACGUACGGCUUUACGACGCCGACCCGGCCAUGUUGGCCGCCCUUACCAACACCGGCAUCCGCGUCACCGUCUCCGUCCCAAACGAGCAGCUCCUCGCCGUCGGCCAGUCCAACGCCACCGCCGCCAACUGGGUCGCCCGCAACGUCGUCGCCCACGUCCCCGCCGUCAACAUCACCGCCAUCGCCGUCGGCUCCGAGGUCUUGACCGCUCUCCCCAACGCCGCCCCCUUGCUCGUGCCCGCGCUACGCUACAUCCACUCCGCGCUCGUGGCCGCCAACCUCGACGGCGUCAUUAAGGUCUCCACGCCGCACUCCUCCUCCUUGAUCCUCGACUCCUUCCCGCCGUCGCAGGCCUUCUUCAACCGCACCCUCGAGCCGGUCUUCGUCCCCAUGCUCAAGUUUCUCCAGUCCACCGGUUCCUAUCUCAUGCUCAACGUCUACCCCUACUACGACUACCUGCAAUCAAACGGCAUCAUCCCAUUGGAUUACGCUCUUUUCCGCCCUCUUCCACCGAACAAGGAGGCGGUCGACGCCAACACCCUUCUCCACUACACCAAUGUCUUCGAUGCAGUCGUCGACGCCGCCUACUUCGCCAUGGCCUACCUCAACGUCACCAAUUUGCCGGUCGUCGUCAUGGAGUCAGGGUGGCCGCACAAGGGUGACCCGACGACGGAGCCUGACGCCACCACCGACAAUGCGAACACCUACAACAGCAACCUCAUCCGCCAUGUGAUCAACAGUACCGGCACGCCCAAGCACCCAGGGGUCUCGGUGCCCACCUACAUUUACGAGCUCUACGACGAGGAUCUCCGCCCAGGGGUGACGUCGGAGAAGUUCUGGGGGUUGUUCGAUGCGAAUGGCGUGCCGGCGUACACGCUGCACCUGACGGGGUCGGGGAUGCUGCUGGCGAAUGACACCUCGAGCCAGACGUUUUGUGUCGCCAAGGAGGGAGCAGACGAGAAGUUGCUGCAAGCGGGGAUCGACUGGGCGUGCGGGCCAGGGAAGGUGGAUUGUUCUCUCCUGACGCAGGGGAAGCCCUGCUAUGACCCUGACACAGUGGAGGCGCACGCUUCAUAUGCGUUUAACGAGUAUUACCAUGGGAUGGGGAUGGCAGUCGGGACAUGCCACUUCAGCGGGGUUGCUGCUAUCACCACAACAGAUCCAAGUCAUGACUCUUGUUUGUUUUCUGGAAGUGGUGGGAGAAAUGGCACGGUUCUGAAUGGCACCUCAUUGGCUACUUCCCCUAACUCAACUUCAUCCACGUCUAGUGAUGCUCACAGUUUCUACCAAUCCAAAGUAGUUCUUCAAAUCGUUGAAGCUCUACUAUCGGGACUGGUGUUUUUGUAGGUUGUGAUCUCUUCAUUCGUUGAGUGAUCAGAAGACUGGAACUCACAGAAUUUUGAUCAAACCUGGAUGACAAAGUGAUGGAUGCGCUGUGGGUAAUCCAUGUAGAAUUUGUUGUGUCACAUCCAAUUUCAUCUUGUGCUCAGGAGUUGAGGUUCAUCAUUGAAAGAGGAUUAAAUUUCUCUGUCAUUUAUUUUUCUGCAUGCCAAUAUUUGUAAAAAGCCUAGUUGGUACUCCUGUUUGAUCGUUUAUUAUUCGAGGUUUUAUCAUUUAUCCUUUAUUGAGUCCA